UCUUUCGUCUCUGUUACCGAGUUGCUCUUGCCCAUACACCGCCUUGUGCUUGAUGCAAUAAGGGAAGCAAUCAGGAAACCUCGUGAUCAUCUUCCAAUCCGUGACCGCACUCGCGCGUCCUCUCGCUACUCGUCGUUCGUAAAAGCCAUUGCUUGCGGGGCCCCUUCCUGGUCCUGCAGGCUGUUACAACCAGAGACAUGAGUGGAAUUACGAAUGCUUGUUUGUCUUGCUUAUCGACGGUGGAUCGUUGGUGUCAUAUCUCAGCAUGCCUCGGCCCGAUCGGUGGUCGGUCUAGGGAUGGGAUUUAUGAGUCCACUUUAGCAGACAAUGAACGGGAAGCAGUCUCCGACUUGCUGCAAUUUCUUGACGCGCAACAACGCCAAGAGGUGGAUUUCUUCAAUGGCGAGCCUCUCCGGGCCCUGAGCACCCUGGUGUAUUCCGACAAUGUUGAGCUUCAGCGAAGUGCAAGUUUGACCUUUGCGGAGGUCACAGAGCGAGACGUGCGCGAAGUUGAUCGAGACACUCUCGAGCCUAUUCUUUUCUUGCUACAGAGCUCCGACAUCGAAGUGCAACGGGCGGCCAGUGCAGCGCUAGGCAACCUAGCUGUGAACGCGGAGAACAAGGUUUCAAUCGUCGCACUGGGAGGCCUGGCUCCUCUAAUACGGCAGAUGAUGUCGCCCAAUGUUGAAGUACAAUGCAAUGCGGUUGGAUGUAUUACAAACCUGGCUACCCAUGAAGAUAACAAAGCAAAGAUCGCCCGGUCCGGCGCUUUGGGUCCAUUGAUCCGGCUGGCGAAAUCGAAGGACAUGCGAGUACAGCGUAAUGCGACUGGUGCGCUGCUGAAUAUGACACACUCGGAUGACAACCGACAACAACUCGUUAACGCUGGCGCCAUUCCUGUCUUAGUUCAAUUGCUAUCUUCGUCCGAUGUGGAUGUACAAUAUUACUGCACUACCGCCUUGAGCAAUAUCGCUGUGGAUUCCUCGAACCGCAAGAGACUAGCCCAAACCGAAUCUCGAUUGGUUCAGUCGCUGGUGCAUCUCAUGGAUUCCUCGACUCCCAAAGUCCAGUGUCAGGCUGCUCUGGCACUGCGCAACCUGGCCUCCGAUGAGAAAUACCAACUGGAAAUCGUGCGCGCGAAGGGACUUCCGCCACUUUUACGACUCUUGCAAUCCUCCUACCUCCCCCUGAUACUCUCCGCCGUCGCAUGCAUUCGCAACAUCUCCAUCCACCCCCUCAAUGAAUCUCCCAUCAUCGACGCGGGCUUCCUAAAGCCUUUGGUUGACCUACUAGGCUCGACCGAUAACGAGGAGAUUCAAUGCCAUGCCAUCUCGACCCUGCGGAAUCUGGCGGCCAGCUCGGACCGGAAUAAAGAGCUUGUUCUUCAAGCUGGUGCGGUUCAGAAGUGCAAAGAUUUGGUCCUCCGUGUGCCCCUUAGCGUACAGUCAGAAAUGACGGCUGCAAUCGCUGUGCUGGCUCUCAGCGACGAGUUGAAGCCUCACCUUCUGAGCCUUGGCGUCUUCGAUGUGCUGAUCCCUCUCACUGAGUCGGAGAGUAUUGAAGUGCAAGGGAAUAGUGCCGCCGCGCUGGGAAAUCUUUCCUCUAAGGUUGGGGACUAUUCGAUUUUUGUGCGCGAUUGGGCUGAUCCCAAUGGAGGCAUUCACGGCUACCUCAGCCGAUUCCUUGCCAGCGGCGACCCGACCUUCCAGCACAUCGCUAUCUGGACGCUGCUACAACUCCUCGAAUCCGACGAUCAGAGAUUGAUUGGGUAUAUCGCGAAAUCGGAUGACAUUGUCCAGAUGGUCAAGUCGAUCUCGGACAAGAACAUCGAAUCCGACGAGGAGGAUGCGGAUGAGGGUGAAGGCGAGGUCAUUGCGCUGGCACGGCGAUGCCUCGAGUUCCUGGGGAGUGGUCACAAGCAAACCCUUGUAGAAGGCUAAUCUAAUCUCGUCCUUCCUGAGCGCUUCCGCCGGUUUUCGAAGCUCACUACUUCUAUGUCCUUACGCCGAUAAUCAUUCGAUUCUUCCCCAUGUCUUUUGUCUUACACACUUCGAGUGACUUUCUUAUCUUACUAUACCUUGAGUGUCUUG